AUGACCAAUUUUCUGUCUUUACCUGAUGAACUUUUAUUUUGUUGGUUGAGCUAUUGUGAUAACAGAAAUCUAAGAUUAAUUAACAGAAGAAUAUACUUGGUUAGAAAUAAUUGGUUCAAACAUAAAGUUUUAAACUUGGUUCCUUUAAAUCACUCAAUUUGGAAUUCUUCUUGUUUUUUAUUUGUGUUGGUGUCUUACAUUAAAGAAUUUGAUUCAAUUAGAUUAUAUUCCAGAAAAUUAUUGUUUUCAUCAACGUUGAGUUUAUAUAGCCAAAAUAAUUUGAGUUUUAGUUCCAUAGAGACAAUGGAAUAUAUUUGUGAUUCAUGGGAAAUUAUUUACAGUCUUUUGGUAAGGCCCAUCUCAAUAUUUAACUAUGCUGCUAGUAGUAAUAAUUUUAUAUUACCAAUGAAUAAUUUUUGUAGGAAUCGGUUAAAUUCAAAUAGAUAUGGUCUAUUUACUAUUCCAUUUAAUGUUUGGAUAUGUGUUAAAGAUAUAAACUAUGCCAGAUACAUAAACAAAGUUGUCGUUCAAUUAAAAUCAUAUGGAACCAAUAAAGUGGACACUUAUUUUUUUGUAAGUUAUCUGCAUGAGCUUAUUAAAGAACCUGGUGUUUAUUGUGCUAAAAUUGGGGAUAUUUCAUACAAAUUUUUGAGGUCUCAACAUGUUAAAAGUAAUGAAGCAAAAUCGUUGAACUUGUUUUCCCCAGUUAAUGUUCAUUAUUACGUUAACACUGAAAAUAGAGAUAUCUUUAAUGACAAAUUGAAAGUUUUAGGUUACAGCUUUGAUGAUUUUAACUCUUAUUAUGAAUUACUCUAUUUUAAAGUGCCAUUAGAAGCUGAGAAUUUUGUAAUAAAUAAAUGGGGAACUCUUUUUAGUAGUAUAUUUGCAGCAUAUUUAUUAAAUAAUAAUAAUCUUUGCGAUAUAGCCUAUCCACAUAAUAAACCAGAUGCACUGCUAAUGAAUGAUAAUGAUAGUGAGCAUAUAAAUAACAAUAUUACAUUUUCAUUAGAGUGUCUUGGUAAUACACAACAAAAGAAACAUAUGCCAAACAGAUACAUAAAAGAUUUGAGAUUACCCAAAUUAAUCGAAGUUUGGAAAGAAUGA